CCUUUGUCGCUCAAGGUUUAACGACCAUUAUUGCUUACCAUUUUCAAUAGCUCCCGGCAUUAGCUAUAUAACGCUUAUCUAUUGCAAUUAACAAACACUCAAUUUACCUGAUUAACCAUUUCUAACCUGAAGGAAUCGUACACAGCCACACCCCUUCCGGUUCAUAAUAAAAACUGGUGACAGCAAUAUACGAUAGAUCGCAACUCAUAUUGUAGUUAACUCUUAUAUUAUAUUUGUUCGAUGAAAGAUUUGGGGAGAAGCUUGAUUUUCGAUCAUUUUUACGAAUUCUAACUCUAUGAUUUUAUUAACAUGAGAAAUACAUUAGCUUUGCGCUAAUUCUCAUCUUUAUUAGCAAGAAUCCACUAUUUUCAAAUUAGCAUUGGACGUUUAUGGAGUUAUCAAGAUAUUUAAAGAAACGAUACGACGCAUCUGAGAAGAAUUUUUCAUCUAUUUUCAGGCGGAAAUUUUUCAAUUAAAAAUUCGUGAAAAUUCGAAUCGAAAUUUAUGAGUAAAUCGUUUGAUUCAUGAUUCACAGAAGAUGUGUUGACAACACUGAAUUAUCUUAUCUUAAGGAAAUGGAAAAAGAUUAAAUUUUUAAUUUUUUCUCAGACAGAUUACCGUGAACAAAUAAUGGGAAGAAUUGCCGUCUUUGAAAGAAACAUAUGAGGCAUUAGGCACCGAGUAGCAGUGGAAAACCUCUCAGAAUUCAGAACAAAGGAUAUUCUGCUACCGUUUCCCAUUAACUCAUGGAAAAAGACACGGCCGCAUCUGGCUCGAAAAUGUGCUUCACGCCUGCAACAAUGACGACUUCACGCAAUCCUUCGCACAUUUCGGAAUACGUUUUGGAGAUGUUGAACAAUGAAGAUGAUACUAUUUACGCUAAGAACAAUAUCGACAAAUUUUACUGUUGGAAUUGCAGUACCAUUGGGCACAACAGUAAAAUUUGCACAGAGCCUCGUCACGAGAAUGAGCAUCGAUGUAGACAAAUAUCACUAUCGUCAUCAAUGAAGAAGCCUUUAAACUUCAAAGAGACCCGAAGAAGUUAUACGACGAGCAAGCAAGAUCAAGUUCAACAAGAAAUAAUAUGAUUAUUGGAAGCAUUAACUUGAUUGGAAAUUAUAUCUCUUUUAAUAUUAUAUUUAAUUUUUAAUAUCAUGUGUUUUAAUAUUUUA